CAUUAUUGUUCAUCUAAAGGCGUACAGUACGUACUUUACGGUAGUAUUUUCAUUCCUUUCUACCCAGGGGUUUGACCUCCAAAAGCUGYAUUACUUCGGUAAUGUUGACAAUACGGGCUGCUCGACUACAAUCAAGGAUACCACGACCAGCAUGUCGUUUGGUUGAUCCUAUUAUACGUGAAGAAUCUGUUUAUCGGCUGGACAGUAUAUUAUCGCAAUCAAGAUUCACCCAACUUCACAGGCAACAAGUUCGAUCCUAUCUCUUCAUACCGGUGUCGUGGACGGAAWYAAAAGAGCGCCUAGAGCGUUGGCUAGAACACAGCGAUUCACGAAUUGUUCGGGUCAUCCUUUUGAAAAACCGUSAGAAAAAGUUCAGAAGCUUGCCGCCACCGUUUGGGACGAUUACAAAAACGAGCAACACMAUAUGUACCCAACAACAACUCCGACAAAAGAACAACACCGCAUCGAAAAUAAGGCAACCUCAUGGCGGGAAACUGAAACUUUCAAAAUGGAAGAGAGUCCGAAGUCAGCUCCGAAAGAGAUAUCAAGGUCCGUCUCUACAAUACAUCCAACCCUGGAUGUCCUCUAUGAAAGUCCGCGAAGUAGCCAAGAACUACCAACGUUGGAAGGAUAGACGAAAGGAACAAUAUGGAAAGCUGAAAUCGAGAUACAAAUCUCGUCGUAAGGUUCAUUAUCAAAGAUGGAAUUUGACUCGAAAUCAGGUUUGGAUCAAGAUACAAAAAGUUCUAGUGGAAGAAUACUCGAAGAAAGAAUGGUUUGAUGAAUUAGGUCGUCCGCUUACGGCUCGCGACUCAACAGGUCGCUUUGUAAAUCCAUGGCAGAGCCAAAGCACCAAUGGGGUUCACUCCCUGACAACCAUUCUCCGUUGGAGAUGGCAACGCUUCAUGCGGGAAAAUAUUUCCUUUUUACCAACUUUCAAGUUGCCAACCAUUCAAUCAGGGGAAACCAAUUUGAUUAGUAAACCUUCACCUCUAUUGACACAUGAGGUACCGCCACUACCUGUUGCGGAUCACUCGAACCUUCAAUUCACUUGGAUAGGACAUUCCACUKCCUUGUUUCAAAUCAGAAAGACGUUCACCAUUCUAACAGACCCAAUAUUUAGCAAAAGAGCCUCUCCAUUCUCAACAUUCCUCGGUGUCGAACGGGAAUUGCCACCUGCAUAUACCAUCGAAGAGCUUACAAAUCAUAAAGUGAACAAUGGCUCGGAUCGCGAUCGUAAUUUCGACGUGUGUUGUAUCACACACGACCACUACGAUCACAUGGACACUGAAAGUGUCAAAAAUCUUCGAGAUUUAAUUUCUCUAUGGGUCGUGCCAUGCGGAAUCGGAAACUGGCUUGCAGAAACCUGUUCCAUCCGUCGUAGCAAAAUCAUUGAGUUAGAAUGGUGGGAACAACUGCAUCUUGCAAAGCACAUGGGGGAUGUAGUAGUCGUCCAUGACCAUGACUCUGAUUCCUACGGUGAUGAUGACGUUUUGACAAUUACCUGUUGCCCGAGCAGCCAUUGGGGUGGACGUACGCUUUUCGACCGAAACACGGUAAGAAUUAGACAAGACGACGCGUUGCUGAAAAACUUGAGCGAUAGGCCUGACCGAAUUCGUGUUUCACUGCAGCGCUUGUGGUGUUCCUUUGCGUUUUCAGUAGCAUCAUAUAAAGUUUUUUUUUGCGGUGACACAGGUGAGUAAAUUGAAUAAAAAUGUUCGUCAUGGUUCCUUUCGAUUGCCAUUGCUUCUAACAAUACUGGAGACUUUUCGUAUAAAAAAUUAGGCUAUCCAGGUACGGAUUGCGAGCAACGGAAUAUACCAACAUCAUGUUGGCCGUAAAGACGAAUUUCUAUUCUCACCCCUUCCUACUUUUUCUUCUCAGAAAACUUUCCUCUGUUUCGACAAAUUGGUGACACUUUGGGCCCAUUUGAUUUGUCUUGCAUCCCUAUUGGGGCAUACGAACCGAGGGAUAUGAACAAAGAUUCCCAUUGUAACCCUCAAGAAGCCUUGCAGAUACAUAGAGAUCUACAUUCGAAGCGAAGCGUCGGGAUUCAUUGGGGUUCAUUUCAACUUACAGAGGAGUCAAUGGAUGCUCCCCCAAAAGACUUGAGAACUGCCAUUUGUAGAGAGGAGAACCAAGAACAACCACGCAAACAGAACGUUCUUCUUUUUCCAAUUGAUAACACUGUAUCGCAUCCGAACACAAAUUUCAGUGUACUAGGGCAUGGUGAAACACUUGUUCUCGGCAAYGACCAACUGGGAAACAACACUGCCUGAGCACGAAACCUCCUUUUAGUCUUUAUGUGCUCUCCAAACGCAGGAGUCUUUUGCAGUGGUAAUCUCGGUCCAAACUAUUCGCCGAUUCUUAWCACUAAAGUCUUCGACAUUAUUUCCAAGCAAAUUGGACAAUUUCACAAUUUCUCCAACUUUUCUUGAAUGACACUGUUUGCAUUCAACGCGUCAUAAGCGCUUUCUCAAUCUUCGUUUCUUGACAAUCAGCAUUGACUUCAUCACAUCACAAUUUUACUGAGUGUUUCUUUUGGUGGCUCAUAUCAUGGAAGCUCGUAACAACAUAUUUCCUCCAAGUUUUCUAUCAGUUUUYCAGUUCUUUGUUCUUCCUGUAUAGCUCCGCUAUAUCAAAGAACAAGCAGCAAAAGCAUCUUAGCGACCCAAACUUUGCAACGCAAAAAAACAGUGUAGCGCUCUCUACAACCACGGCAGCUAAACUCAAUUUAUCUACACAUUGACUUSACCCUCUUACCAUUCAGCGUUGCCAAAAUCUCAAAAUUUGGGUAGGAAAGUGCAGGUAUUAUACCARCAUUACCGAUUUUUAGGCAUGAAGAUCAGAAACAAAGCUUCUUAACACUAUGCAAUCAUUCACUAACAUUCGACUCAACCAUAAACAAUGGAACACAAAUAAAGUGACGUUUGGAAUUCUCAAAAACUCGUUCAAGUUUGGAGCGCAGCUUCCAUUGAGUCUUCUGCGUCGUGACCAAUCUGUUGCUUUUUUGACAUCACAAUUCUCCAGCUGAAAUGAUGCUGUUUACAGCAUUGCUGAGCAGCCAUUAUUCUCAAUCAUUCAGGUAUAUAGUU